UCAUGACAUUUAAAGAAAUUAAAACGUUACCACUCCUGUUGAUCAUUUUACUACAAAUUUGUGACAAAAGUUUGGGUGAUAUAUUACCCCAAUCGUCAUCUCAAGCAGUAGCUUCGUCUAAAGUGAUUUCUCCCAAAGAUCAAGUAAUGAUCAUUGAUCAUCCCAUCGGCUUUAAUAUUUUUGCAAAAAAUAAUAAUUCUAAAAUUGUGCGACUUAAAAGGAGCAAUUGUCGUUGCAAAAGAUGUAUAAAAUAUUGUAGGAACGGUUUUGGAAAUAAUUGUCCUAAACAGCAAACAAUAAGCACAAAUGUUUCAGAAACAGGAACCAUGCCAAGAACUAGGAUAAUAAUAAACACCAGGACAACAAGAAAACCGCUAUCAUCUACAAGAACUACUCGAAAACCUUUUGUGACUACAACCACAACGCCACGUACUACUCCCGCAACAAUGAGAUCAACCACUGAAAGAUUUAAAAGUAAAAGAACUGAUACUUUACCCAAACAUAUAAAAAUUACAAACAAUUCAACUGGGUGGGUUCUCACUGUUGUUAAGCCUUCAAACAAAAACUAGGUUAGUAAUAAACACCAGGACACAAGAAAACCGCUAUCAUCUACAAGAACUACUCGAAAACCUUUUGUAACUACAACCAGAACGCCACGUACUACUCCCACAACAAUGAGAUCAACCACUGAAGGAUUUAAAAGUAAAAGAAUUGAUACUUUACCAAAACAUAUAAAAAUUACAAAAAAUUCAACUGGAUGGAUUGCCACUGUUAUUAAGCCUUCAAACUCAAAAAACGAACCUCAAACCCGACAUUACAUUAUAAAAACUUUAAACAAAAAACCACCGCAAGAGUUAAGGAACCCUAUAAAUAAUCCCCAUUCUACAUAUAAUAUUCAAAAUUAUGGAAAUCAUGUUCAUCAUCAUCAUUAUUACGAGUCAACUCUAACUGAAAAUCAAAAGCAUUUAAAUACUAUGCAAAAUUCUCAGCAUUUUGCUAAUUCCUAUAGUAAAAAUAAUCACUUAAUUACCAACGGAUAUUCGAGUCCACAAAUGACCCAUUCUAUUUGCCAUCAUAAAAUUC